ACUGUUGUGCAAUGUCUGAAAAAGAGAUAUUUGUUAGGUCGAAUACGAGAAGGCUUUGGUUCUGUUGAGCGAGAAGAAGAUUGCACGCACACCAGUGCGCACGAUAUUGUUCCUGGCAGCCCGGUCAGACUGCAAGUGGUAGCUGUGAAAGCACCCGGAUUCGGUGACUACAGGAAAAACACGCUGACGGAUAUGGCAAUUGCGACCGGAGGAACUGUGUUUGGAGACGACUCAAACUUGGUUAAGCUUGAAGACAUUCAGCUCAGCGAUUUCGGAUAG